AUGGCCAGUCAGGCGGCGUCGAAAGCGAUCAAGUUCGCGUACAACGGAACUGUGGCGAGCACUCUGCGCAAGUUCGCAUGGAGCAACCUGUGGGGAGGACGCGAGUACGGUCUCCAGUUCCACGACACUUACUUCGAGCCGGCUCCGGAGGUCACCGAGGCUCUGAGACGUCUCAAUCUCAAGGAGCCGCAUUUGUUCGAUCAGAGAAAGGUUAGAAUUUGCGAAACAUUGGCCUAAACAUCAAUUUUCCGCUUGCAGAUUCGUCUUUCGCGUGCCCACACGCUGGCUCUUCACGGCGAGAAGCUUCCGAAGGCCGAGUGGACCCAAUGGGAACAGGAAUCGUGGUAUCUGAAGCCGUACCUGGACGAGAUCGAGGCGGAGAAGAAGGCGCGCGCCGAGUCGUCCGGACUCAUCCCGCCGUACGAGAUGAAGCAGCACUAG